AUGGCGAUGGACGCUAAAGAGAUCGAAGCUAAGGCCAAGGCCUUGGGCAAGGCCGCGACUUCGAACGAGUCGCCAGCUGUGAUUAUCGGCCUCCUGAAGGACAUCCAAAGCGGCGUCCGGGCAACCGAAGACCUCCUCCGACAGACGCGCAUCGGAAUCAUCGUCAACAAGUUCAAGCAGAGCAAGACCCCAGAAGUCGCGCGGCUCUCCAGCGAGAUUGUUUCCAAGUGGCGGACGGAGGUGAACAAGCAGAAGCAGGCUGGUUCGGCAGCCGGUCGUGGUUCGAGCGGCUCUCCGCGGCCAGCGCACAACGGUACAGGGGUGUCCACUCCAGCCACUGCGACACCCUCAGACAAGGCGUCGAAGCUGUCUGUGCCUCCGGAUAAGCGAACAUGGAAGGCAGACGGGGCGGAUAUCAAUCAUACCGGGAACCGAGUGCGUGACAGCUGCACGGGGCUGAUGUACGAUGGACUGUGUGUGGGGUCGACCGAGUCUCCCAAGGUCGUUCUAGCACGCGCUAUUGCGGUGGAGAUUUCUGCCUACAAGUACCUGGGACCGGAGACGAAGGAGGAAUACCGUACGAAGAUCCGUAGUCUUUUCCAGAAUCUGAAGAACAAGUCCAACCCGAAGCUGCGUGUGCGCGUUGUCGAGGGAGAGAUUACUGCUGAGCAAUUUGUGCGCAUGAGCCACGAUGAGCUGCGCUCUGUUGAGCAGCGUGAGGCGGACGCUAAGAUUCAGAAGGAGAAUAUGGACAAGGCUAUGGUUGCCCAGCAGGAACGCAGUAUCAGUAAGAGCUUGCAGUGCGGCAAGUGUGGCCAGCGCAAGGUCACCUACACCGAAGCUCAGACUCGUGCGGCUGAUGAACCGAUGACCCUGUUCUGUACGUGUCUGCACUGCGGCAAGUCCUGGCGGCAGUGA